AUGCAUGCAUUUGUGCACGUGUGCGCGAGCGCAGCAAAAAGCGGGGCUCAGAGCCCCAUAGACUGGUCUGCGGCGCAGCGGCAGCUACUCAGAGAUUUUGCUGUGGCCGUCACGCGUUCCCCCGACGCCUACGCGGCCUCGCGCCUCUUCUCAACCCUGGCUGACGCCGGCGCCGACGACGACCUGCUGGGCCUCGACGCGGCCUCCCCCCACCUGGAGGGGUACCUGCGCCAGGAGGGCGGCCUCGCCGGCAUGAGCGCCGGCGGGCAGGUGGGCCCCCUGACGCCGCGCCAGGUGCGCCACGUGGAGCUGCUGGCCCGCCUGCACGUGGCGCGCGGCCGCUACUCCGCCGCGGCGCAGGCCUACCGCGCACUGGCGGAGCGCAGGGGCGGAAGGGGCGGCGAGGCGGUGCCGCUGCCAUCCCGGCUGGAGGCCUUCCAGAGCGCUCUGCUGCAGGCGCGCUCUGUGGGUGAUGACGGCCUGGUGGAGGGCCUCAGGGCCAGCUGCCGCGUGAUGGAGAUACAGAUCACGACACACGCGCGCAUGGGGCGCCUGCUGGCCGCGGCCACGCGCGGCGCGCAGAGGAACGGCGGCGGCGGCGGCGGCGGAGGCGGCGCAGCGGAGGCGCCCGAAGCGCGGGAGCGGGCGUCUGCCCUGCGUUCCUCCCUGUCUGAGCUGGAGUCGUCCUGCCUCGACAUCAGCGACCUCUACAACACACACGCGCAGCCGCACGGGAUGUGGGACGUGUGCCUGGAGAUCUGCCACUUCGCGGGCCAUGUACCGGCGGAGUACGUGCGGCAGCUGUGGGACCUGUUACUAAAGGCUGCCUGGGACUGCACCCUGGGGCCCCCCGGCGCCGACGGGGCGGGGCCGUCGGCGGCGGACUUUGACGCCGGCUGCAUCGCCGCGGGGUUUGCGGCGCAGGCCGGGGGCGGGGCGGCGGGGGCGGGGUCGGCGGCGGCGGCGCUGGAGGUCGCCUGCGAGCAGGUGAGGCUUGGGGUGGGGCUUUGGCCGCGGCGCGGCUGGGCACUGCAGGGGCGCGGUUGA